AUGUCCGCCUCAGGGGUCCACCCUAUCGCCAGCGCGGCGAUUGAUGACUGCGAGGCCGAGCUAGACGUCCUUUUGGGACGCGUAACGGCCAGCCGAUCCCUCCAGGACGACGGAUCUUCGCCGGCACAAUGGCGAGCCUUGGAGGUCGUCUCAGUGCACUUCCCGUCCGAGGUCUUGAACCGCCUGUCCGCGUGGCGGAAGCGCACGCUGAAAGGGACCAGCCUCGACUCUUCUGUGGACCCCCUCGCGCCCGUCGCGCACAACGCAUGCGUAGAAUGGAUCUACGUGCGCGCGGGCCGCGUCGUUGCGGAGUCGUCGCUCAAGAAGGAGGCGGGCUCCGCCCCUCCGUCGGCGACGCACACCCACGUCCGCGACUCCCUGCUCAACCACGUCAUGGCCCGCGCCGCGGACCUCCCCGCGGACAUCCGCGACCGCGGCGAGACCUCCAAGUCCCUCUCCGGCUCGCUCCUCGAGGAGUGCCAGGAGGUCCUGCGGCUCCUGUCCAAGCUGUGUUUCGAGCACGUCGUCGAGAAGUUUGUAGAAAAGCUGCGUACGUGCCUCCCCAGCGACAGCCUGAUCACGCGGUCCAAGCUCCUGAACAUCGCGGAGCUCAUGCACGCGCUCGCGCUCCCGCACGACACCGACGAGGACGUCCUCCGCACCAUCAACUACGUCGGGCGGAUGCUUCCGUUCAACUUCACGGCGCCGUUCAAGAAGAGUAAUCUGCACCACGGGCUGUGUCGUAUGCUGGACGCGCAGCUGCAGCCGCUGGUGGCGAAGAAGGUGCCGUCGAAGAUGACCGCGGCGACGCAGCAGCGCUGGUACGACCACAUGCGGCUCCUGCGCCGCGAGAUCCGCUCCUGGAUCCCGAAACACAACAAGCAUCUGGUGGACGGCAUUCCGCUCUUGGUGACGCUGUCGGGGACGUGCUCGGACCCCGCGGACUUCCUCGACGUGCGGACCUUCGUGAUCGACUGCGUCACGAAGAUGCUCAAGGACAAGGAGCGGCGGCUGUCGGGCCUGCGGUCCCUCGCGGGGACCAUCGACAUCCUAUCGACGCACUACUUUGAACGAAUCGGAGAAAAGAACUCCAGGGAGGUGCUGACUCAGGCGACGAACCUCCUGCAGAUCCACCUCGCGAAGGGCAACUUCUCCCACGACGCCAUGCAGCCGCCGCUGCUGCGCCUGUGCACGGCCGUGGUGGUGCACCUGCCGCAGGUCGGAGUGCAUCAGGUGCUGCUCGAGACGAUCCUGACGCCCAAGGCGUGGGAGACCGCGGUCGUGGGCGUGCAGGCGCUGCGGCAGGCGUGCCAGAUCGUCGCGCGCCGCCACCAGCACCUCGAGACGGAGGAGGCCGUCCUGGACGCGAUAAAGACGGGCGUCGACGUCCUGGAGGCGCACGCGGGCUCCCGCCUCUCCGACCAGCUCCGCGUGCGCCUCCGCGAGCUCCUGCGGUCCGUCAUGGAGAUGGAGCGCACCGGGCCCGUACGCACCGGCCUAUUCUCCUCCGCGUCCAAGGAGCAGCUCGAACGGCUCCAGGUCCGCGAGGUCCUGCGCGAGAUGAUCCGGUGCUUCCCCGUGAUCAACGUCCCGCGCAAGGAGGACUUCCCGCAGCUGAGUCAGUACGCAGUCUGUCAUAGGGAGGAGGGCGUGCGCGCCGACGCGCUCCAGGCGCUGCACGGUACGAUGCUCUCGCACCCGCGGCUGCGGUCCGAGGUGAUCUCCGCGGCGUGCCGCGCGGCGCUCGCGACGCUGCGGGCCGGCGGCGCGGACGCGGAGCGCGGCGUCGGGAUCGUCACGGGCCUCCUGCAGCUCUGGUCGGACGCCGCGAAGGCCGAGCAGGUGUCCGAGGCGAUGCAGCCGCUCCUGGAGGACCCCGUGAAGGGCGUGCAGAUGCUGUACUUCGACACUGCGCCCGUCGAGCACAUGUGCAUCAUCGGGCUCUGUUCGCGGCAGAUGUCCAUCCGGCGGGCGUGCUGGCCGCUGCUCGAGCGCGUGCGCGACCUGCACAUGCAGCUGUGCGAGUGGGGCGAGGAGCUCGGCGUCGACGUCGAGCCGGACGUGUACCUGGUAGACAUCAUGGAGCAGGAGGGGAACGAUUUGGUGAAGUCGAGUUACUGGAACUUCGGACCCUUCGCGGAGAUGCAGCGGCGGUACCGCGAGGUCGACGAGUGCUCGCUCGAGCAGCUCAUGUCCGGCGCGCGCAAGGACGAGCACGACCAGAUCCGGUGGUCGCUCGUGCUGGGCGGCCUGGUCAAGCGCGCCGCCGAGCUGUCGGUGCGGUCGGUGCCGAUGGCGUUCGAGACGGCGAUCAAGAUCAUCCAGGGCCUGCUCGUGACGGACUCGGCCGGCCGCGUGAACGUGUCGUCCGACACCAAGCUCUCCUGGCGCACCCUCUGCACCAUGUGCGCCGCCGCCGUCGGGUCGGCCGAGGCCGCGGGCGACGACGCGGAGGAGCCGGCGGCGUCGCGGAACGGCGGCACGCCGCGCGCGAUCUCGCGCGAGGCCACGCCCAGCGGCCUCGGCGUCGCGCCGCAGCAGAAACGCCUCCUCGACAUCCUCCUGCCAGUCCUCCGGGGGGGGUCCGAGAUGACCCAAGAGGCAGUCAUCACCUCCCUCGGGCAAAUGAACGAGGCCGGGUACCCGCACCUCUUCAAGGCGCUCGUCACCAUCCUCCAGGACCUCCCCACGGUCCCCGCGAAGCCCUCCCGCCGCGCGAAGCGCGUCGACUUGCGCCUGGCGGCACUGCAGGUGCUGCGGCUCGUUGCCGCGAACGGGCCGGUCGGGUUCCUGCAGAGCGAGCCCGAGCUGCAGCGCGGGAUCUCCGCGACCGUCGCGGACACGCUCUCGCACCUCCAGAACCCGAAUCUCGACCCCGCGGAAGUCCUUCCGCUGCGGUUCUGUGUUGCGUCCAUCAUGGAGAACGUCGCGGGGGACCUGGUCGAGGCCGGGGACCCGAACUUCACGCUCGAGAAGCGGCGCGCGGCGUUCGACGUCCUCGCCACGUGGGUCGAGGAGACGGGGCUGUUCCAGGAGAGCGCCGCGCGGUCGCUGAGCACGGCGCAGCUGUCGCGCAUCAAGGACCCCGCGGAGCGGCAGCAGAUCAUCGCGGACCUGAAGCUGCAGAACCUGCACGCGGGCCGCGCCGCGGCCGCCGCGAUGGCGUCGCUGCUGUCGGGCCCCGCGUUCGACUUGGAUGCGCGCAAGCUGCAGGGGCGCGUGUUCUCGUGGAUCGACCGGCUGUUCCAGACGGGGGAGCGCGAGAAGGAGCGCGAGAAGAGCGAGAAGCGGCGCGGCGGCGCGCGGGAGGCGGUGUGGGGCCCGUCCUGGCGCGAGGUGGGGAAGAACGGGCUGCGGAACCACCUCAGUCGAAACCCCGACAUCUUCGACGCGUGCAUCAACCACUGCUACUCCGCGGACAAGACGAUCUCGAACGGGUACUUCCAGGUCCUGAGCGAGGUCUACGCCGAGGUCGACGUGCCCGUCCAGCCGCACGUGAUGCUGUCGCUGGUGCUGUACAAGGUCGUCGACCCCGACCACGACGUGCGCGACGACGCGAUCCACGUCCUCCAGCACCUCGACCGCAAGUACUGGAACUCCACGAGCGGCGGCGGCGCCGACGAGCCGGACGGCAUGUCCACGAUCGUCAUCGGCGCCCUCCAGGACUCGUACCAGCAGUUCCAGUACCAGCUCUCGGCCAAGCUGAGCCAGGACCACCAGGAGCUCACCGAGGUGCUCAUCCUCGAGAUGAUGCAGCGCCAGCUCGACUCCGUCGACCUCGUCUCGCAGCACCAGGUGCUGGCGUGUCUCACGCCGUGGAUGGAGAACCUUGCCUUCCAGGCGCAGUGGGAGCACGGCAUGUCCGAGCGGCUGCUCAAGUCGUUCUACUGGGUCACGUGGCACCGCGGCAGCCACUUCCCCUACGAGAUCGAGCGCCUGUGGAUCGCGAUCGCCGAGAACCGUCGCAACAUCAUUCCCGUGCUCGACUUUCUCAUUUCCAAGGGCGUGGAGGACUGCAGCCAGGCCGACGUGGCGCCGAUGUCGACGUACUUCUCCGUCGCGAAGCGCAUCUCGCUCUACUUCGCCCGCGUCGCGCCACAGCAGACCAUCGACCACCUGGUGUACGAGGCCGGGCAGCUCAUCUCGGACGCGGCCGCGACGACGGUGCGGCGCGCGGAGGGCCGCGUGGUCGUCUGCAGCGACGACCCCGCGGAGCGCGAGCACCUCGAGGCGCUCGUGCGGCUCCGGACGGACGAGGGCCUUGCCGCGCGGACCGUGCUGUCGCGCGCCGAGCUCGCGCUGUGCCUGCUCAGCGAGAUCGCGUACGAGCACGACGAGGACUUCGGGAACCACCUCCCGCUCGUGCUGCACCUGGCGCUGAUAUGCAUGGACAGCGAGAACCCAACGGUCUUCCAGCACUGCCAGCACCUCACUCUAAACAUGGUGUACUCGCUCUCGGCGGCGCAGUCGGAGAAGCAGACGAUGGACGACUACGCCAAGGCCACGAAGCUCAUCAAGCACCUGCAGUCCAUCCGCGGCCGCCGCAUGUGGGCGCACCAGUCCACCCCGCUGACGGGCGACAUCACAUCCAGCGAGACCUCGCUCUCGUCGCUCGUCAACUCCAUCACGAGCGCCAUCCCGUACGUCGACGACGGCGCGGUGCCCGUGCGCUGGGCCGCCGAGGCCAUGCGCUGGGCGACGGAGGCCCGCAACCAACAACUCGCGUGCCGCUCCCUGCAGCUCUUCCGCGCCCUUAAGCCCGCCAUCUCCAUCGAGCACUGCGGCACGCUCAUGCAGUCCAUCCACCGCUGCCUCCAGUCCGGCACGCACCACGCCACCGCGGUGUGCGUAGAGGUUCUCCUCACGCUGCGCCUCACAGUGUGCUCGCUCGAGACCACCAAGCUACUGCUCUUCCCGCAAGUCUUCUGGCUCGGCCUCGAGCUCCUCAAGACGCCCUACGUCCAGAUCUACCACCAGGGACUCCUCCUCCUCCGAUCCUUCCUCAGCCAAGUCGACAUGCUCAACCCGACGGUCCAGUCGGUGCUGCUGUCCUCGCGCCCGACCGCGCGCGACGCCGAGCGCGCCGCGACGCCGCAGACCGACGCCGGCGCCGCCGACGGGCCCUCGCUCGCGCAGCUCCUCCUCCGAGGGCUGUACCUCCCGGCAACGCAGGACGACGCGUGCGACCUGAUGUCGGAGAUGGCGCCCGUGCUCGCCGCGCAGGCGCAGCAGCAGCCGAAGAAGGGCAGGUCGCGGGAGUCGCUCUUCUCCGGGUGCCGCGAGCAGCUCGCGAUCUGCUUCGUCACCAUGCUGCCGUGGGUGCACGCUGCCUACAUGCACGGCGCCGCGUCGGAGAGCGACGGCGACAAGCGCGCGGACCGCGCGCCGGACCUCGUCGGGCAGCUCACGGCGGCCGCCGCGACGGCGAACAUGCCCGCGCUGGCCUCGGUGCUCAAGCGCCUGCAGGACUCGGGGCGCUCGCUGUCGUCGGCGCCGGCCGUGAGCACGGACCGCCACGGCCUGGACGCGUUCCGGUCGGUGCGCGCGAGCCAGAGCGUGGAGUCCGUGCGGCACAUGGAGGAGAUGGCGCUGCAGGACUUGCUGCGCGACGCGUGCUGCUCGGUGAUCAACUACUGCGUCCCGGACAGCUCGGAGGCGAUGCUGCUGGCGCUGUACGCGCUGAUCAGGCGCGCGCACGACCGCGGCGUGCGGCGGUCCGCGCUCGUGGUCGUCACGCUGCUGCUCGCGGAGUCCCCGCACCUCUCGAAGCACCCCCUGACGCAGCUGUUCUACCGCGUGCCGUCGUCGGCGUGCAAGGGCGGUCCGCGCUGGGGCCCGGAGUUCAAGGGCGCCGCGCUCGCGGGGCUCGUCGAGGACGGCUCGAACCUCAUGCGCGUCCUCCUGGAGGCGCAGGGGACGGGUCUCACGGACGUGUCGCUCCCAGAAGGCGUCGACAAGGUCCCGUGGAACUCCGCGCCGCUCUCGGCGGUCGUCGCCGCCGUCGACAGCGUCGUGGAUACCUUCCCGGGCUACGUGCGCAAGGCGGCGGGGCCCGGGUUGCUGCCGUUCAUCCAAGGCAACGCCGCGUCGGAUGCAGCGGCGGCGUCCGCGGCCGGCGCGGGGUCGCUGGGCGCGGGGUCGCUCGUGCCGGACGACGUGGACGUGGACGUGGACGUGGACGCGGACGCGGACGCGGAGGCGGAGGCGGGGACGCCGCAGGCGAGCGGCGAGGGGCGGCUGGCGGGCGGCAACGAGGACGCGUCGGUGGACGGGUCGCUCGCGGACACCACGGGCGAGGAGGGGUCGCCGCGGGACUCGCUGCGGGCAGGGUCCGACGACGCGUCGUCCGACGACGGCAACUGA